AUGAUGGAUUGGAUACAACAACGCUAUACACCAAACAUUGGAAAUAUUUCUGAAGACACUUCUGAAAGUUUGACAGAGAUCAAAACGGGGGCUAUCGACGAUCUGGAAGAACGAGAAGAAGCCGUCGCCUCGGUGGAACGUGUCGUUGAACUUCUGGAGGAUCACUUCGGAUUCCCGCAGAGGACGAGAGCACCAGCCGGGCAGCCGAAACUCGGACCCACGCCGCACUUCACUUUUGAGAUUCACGGCGACGAACCUGACAAUUGGCGUUACGUCAUCAACUCGAUUCGACAAGAAAUGGAUCGAGAAGAGGCGGCGAUUCGAGAAGCACGAAAACAGGAUCUGAUAGCCGGAAAACCGAAGAGAUCUCGGUUCACCGCCUGGUUUCAUAAGAGAUUCGGAACGAGAUCUUCUCCGUUCGCAUUUGAUAAUAUUCCCUACUGGACAAGUGACGAAGUGUGUGCAUGGCUCUCAUCGAUCGGAAUGUCAGAAUACGGAUCAACGUUUCGAAAGAAUGAUAUUCAAGGAUCUGAGUUGAUGCAUUUGGAACGAUCCGAUAUUAUGGAUAUCGGAAUCACUAAAAUUGGACAUGUCAAGAGAUUACAGUCAUCAAUAAUGGAUCUGCGUGCUCAAAACCAACGUGCCCGUCGUGCUCAAGCCCGAAAAAAGCGAGUGGCAAAAGAGUACAAACCGGACAAUUCGGGUGGUGGUGGCCCAUCUGGAUUGGAUAAGAGAAAAGAGUCGAGUGCUGAAAGAUAUCAAGACGGUCAACCGUCAACAUCGUCUGCCGGUGGUGGACAUAUGUCUGGAAGCAAAAGAAGAAUUCCACCGAAAGACGGAGAGUCGGCGCCAGCUGUCAUGCAAAUUGAUCCCGCUUCUACUGAUACAUGA